AUGGUGUGUGGUCUUCUCAACUUCUUUCAGGGAAUCAUACUGCCCCAGAUCAUAACUGGAAUUGCAGCCAACCUUGUCAAUGCCCUCACCAACUAUCUGUUUCUCCAUCAACUGAACCUUGGGGUGAUGGGUUCUGCACUGGCAAAUAUGAUUUCCCAAUUCACACUGGCUCUCCUGCUCUUUCUCUACAUCCUCCGGAGAAAAUUAUAUCAAGCGACGUGGGGAGGGUGGUCCUUUGAGUGUCUAGAGGACUGGGCCUCCUUUCUGCACCUGGCCAUCCCCAGCAUGCUCAUGCUCUGCAUCAAAUGGUGGGCCUAUGAGAUCGGGAGCUUCCUGAGCGGAAUCCUGGGCAUGGUGGAGCUGGGAGCCCAAUCUGUUGUGUAUGAACUGGCUGCCAUCGUGUACAUGGUGAGUAUCUGUGAGCUGAUCGUGGGUGACAAGCCUUUCUUACUGACCUAA